GAAGGGGUGCAAACGAAAGCAAGAGACGGGACGAAGACAAUGAAGAAAUGAAGAUGGUGGCUUGAAGAGCAUUCAGAGCAGAGUCCUCUUCUCCUUGCAUUGUCACCGCUCAUUGUUCUGCUUCUUAAGAGGUUCUGAGGAAACUGGAAAUGGAGGACUGUAUGGAGACCUUGAAGGAUGAGGAGGACGCUUUGUGGGAGAACGUGGAGUGCAACCGGCACAUGUUGACCCGCUACAUCAACCCGGCCAAGCUGACUCCGUACCUUCGCCAGUGUAAAGUCGUCGAUGAACAAGAUGAGGACGAGGUGCUCAAUUCCCCCAUGCUGCUCUCCAAAAUCAACCGAGCAGGUCGACUCCUAGACAUUCUUCACACCAAAGGAGAGAGAGGCUAUGUGGUCUUCUUAGAAAGCCUUGAAUUUUACUAUCCGGAGCUCUAUAAAUUAGUGACCGGAAAGGAACCAACACGACGGUUCUCCACUAUUGUUGUAGAAGAGGGUCACGAAGGCCUCACUCAUUUCCUAAUGAACGAGAUCAUUAAGCUCCAGCAGCAGCUCAAGACCAAGGAUGCGCAACGCUGCGAACUCCUGGCCAAGUCCCGCCAGUUGGAGGAUGAGAGGAAGCAGAUGAAGCUCAACAAGAUAGAGCUGCUGACCUUCCAGGAGAGGUACAACAAAAUGAAGGAGGAGCGGAACAACUACAACGACGAACUGGUCAAGGUUAAAGACGAGAACUACAACUUGGCCAUGAGGUAUGCCCAACUGAGUGAAGAAAAGAACAUGGCGGUGAUGAGAAGCCGGGACCUCCAAUUAGAGAUUGACCAGCUGAAACACUGGCUGAAUAAAGUGGAAGAGGAAUGCAAGCUGGAAAGGAACCAGUCCUUGAAGCUCAAGAACGACAUUGAGAACCGACCAAAGAAAGAACAGGUUCUGGAGUUGGAACGGGAAAACGAGAUGCUCAAGACCAAAAUCCAGGAGCUCCAGUCCAUCAUACAGGCUGGAGAACCCGGCUUGCCGGAUUCAGACAAGGCCAUUUUGGACAUCCUAGAGCAUGACCGCAAAGAGGCACUGGAAGACCGUCAGGAGUUGGUCAACAAGAUCUUUAAUCUCCAGGAAGAGAUCCGACAUGCAGAGGACCUGCGAGAUAAGUACCUCGAGGAGAAACAGGAGCUGGAGCUGAAAUGCUCAACUCUGGGGAAAGACUGUGAAAUGUACAAACAUCGCAUGAAUACGGUGAUGAUACAGCUGGAAGAAGUGGAGAAGGAGAGAGACCAGGCAUUCCAUUCACGCGACGAGGCCCAGACUCAGUAUUCUCAGUGCCUGAUCGAAAAAGACAAAUAUCGGAAGCAGAUCCGGGAGCUGGAGGAAAGGAAUGACGAACUCCGGAUCGAAGUGGUUCGAAAGGAGGCCUGCAUCAUUAAUCUGGAGUGCAAGCUGCGGCGUCUCUCCAAGGACAACGGCUACGACCAGAGCUUACCAAGAAACCUGCCCCUCACUGUGAUUUCCCAGGCUUUUGAAUCCCAAAGUGCCAAAGCCAAUGGCCAGGAGGCAGACGAUUCCUCAACUUCGGAGGAAUCUCCUGAAGACAGCAAGUUCUUCCGCUCUGAGCAGCCCCGAUUCCGAAGGAUGAACCUGAAAGGGAUCCAGCUGCCAAGAACAAGAUCCCCCGUCAGUGUGAGCAAGGCAUCGGAUUUUCAAGCGGUCCGAGGACUCGACGACGACCGAUGUGACAGCAGCAGCAGCCACGCCGACACCAAUUCCUCGAAUCCUGUUUCCAUCAGCAACUCAGUGGGAAGCUGCAAAGUUGGCAAAAUUCAAACGCUCCGGAAUCGCAACCCCAGCAUCAUGUCCACGACCCCAGAGCCACCGGGCAAUGACUCCAUACUCCGGCGUUCCAAAGAAGAUGCUCCCCAUAGUAGCCUGACUGAGGAAGACAACGACAGCAUUGGUUACGACACUUUGGAGUUAGACGAUGAGUUUCACGACAGAUAUUCCUCAUUGCCUUCCUCGUCCUCUUCUCAUCAGUCUGAAGGGCUGGACUUGGAGCAAGUCAACUCCAUUUUUCGGAAGUUCUCUCUGGAGAGGCCUUUCCGUCCUUCGGUGACGUCCGUUGGCCGCCUCCACAACACGUUCCAUGCUGUCCAGCAAAUCAUUGUGAAUGGAGACACGCUGGGUUCGGAGAUCACUGUGCUGGGAGGGAACAUCAAAGGGAACUUCGUCAAGUCGGUCAAGAUGUAUUCCCUGGCAGAGAAAGCUGGCCUCAGAGAAGGGCACCAGCUGCUUAUGGUGGAGGGAUGCAUCAGAGGGGAAAAUACAACCCUACCCUUGGAUGCCUGCACAAAGGAAGAAAUCCACUGGAUAAUUCAGAAGUGUAGUGGGCAGCUGAUACUCCACUGUAAAUCGAAUCACGAAGAAUACAGGAAUCUUCUGACUGAAAUCAACGAAGGGCUGGUGACGUCAGGAGACUCUUUCUACAUCCGCCUGAAUCUGAGCAUCUCCAGCCAAUUGGACUGCUGCUCCCUCUCGGUAAACUGUGACGAAAUCCUUCAUGUCCUCGACACCAUGUACCAAGGGAAAUGUGAAUGGCUUUGUGCCCGGGUUGACCCCUUCACUGACCGGGAUUUGGAAAUGGGCACCAUCCCCAAUGGCAGCAGAGCCCAACAGCUCCUCCUAGUGAAGUUGCAACGGCUGAUGAACAAAGGAAACCGGGAGGAGAUGGACAAUUCGUACGGGACGCUCCGAACAUCCCGGAAUACACUGCAGCCGGAAGACCACACACCACCAAGCGACGCUAAAACCAGUCCUCGCCUUUCUCGAGCCAGUUUCCUUUUGGGGCAGAUUCUACAGUUUGUCAGCAGGUCGGAAAACAAGUACAAGCGAAUGAACAGCAACGAACGCGUCCGCAUUGUCACCUCGAAAGACACCCGUUCCAGAUCGGAGGUCCAGCCAGUGACCAAGGCCUUGAUUGACAGAUUUGAAGAGUUCGAUUCAGUAACGGAGAUCAAUAGGAGUUUCAGCUUGGUCCCGUAUAGCUCGGUGCGUCCCGUCCAUUGUGACCGCCGCCGGCCCGUCCUCUUCAGCCCCACGAUGCUUUCCAAGACCUUCAUUCAGAAGCUGCUCAACGCCGGAGGAGCCCUGGAAUUCAAUUUGUGCAAACCAGACAUCAUAACAAAGGAAGAAUUCUUAAGGAGACACAAGACAGAAACAAUAAUAUAUUCCCGAGAAAGGAAUCCGCACACCUACGAAUGUAUUUUCCCUGCCAAUAUCGAGGCGGUUGCUGCCAAGAACAAACAUUGUCUGCUUGAAGUCGGCAUCGGCUGCACAAAGGAUUUAAUCAAAGCCAAGAUAUAUCCCAUCGUUCUUUUUAUCAGAGUCUCCGAAAAGAAUGUCAAGAAGUUCAGGAAGCUCUUACCGAAGCCUGAGAUUGAAGAAGAGCUCCUCCCGAUGUGCCGGCAGAAUGAGAAAGAGCUGGAGGGAUUGCCCUGCCUGUAUGCCUCCCUGGAAGCCGACGCUUGGAGCAGCCUUGAGGACCUCCUCCGCAUCAUCAAGGAGAAGGUGGCAGAAGAGCAGCACAAAACCAUCUGGAUUGACGAGGAGCAGUUGUGAAGCCCAGACUCAACCUGUGUCGGAGAGGGAAGUGCUGUUUGAUCGCAAAACAGGCAUCGGAUUCCCAUCGGAGGCUCUUUGAAACCUCUGAGAUGGAGCCUGCUUUCACUCACUCUUCCAUCUGAAGUCAGAUGCUGGGAAGUCUUGACAAAUGGCCAAAUGCUGAAUGUGAGGGAACCACUAAACCCAGCCAUAACACGGCACAGAUGCUACUUGGAGGUUCUGGCUAGGACUUUCCCAAACUAAGAUGCUUGGGAAGACACAGAUGCCUUUCAACAUGGAGAAGCUAGUUGUGGCUUGAUGGUGGAGGAGAUUCACACAAGACAAAGGCAGAACAUAUUCCAUUGGAGAGAUCCAAUCUUCUUGGUGGUAAAGUAACUCUUGGGUCUUCAUCUCAUGAACUUACAGAUUUGUAGAGAAGCAUGUAGCAAUAAUGCUUUUCAAUAGAUCACUCCGUGAAACUUUUACUCCUUUCCCAUCCUACUGUUUACUUGAGCCAUUCUUGACCACUUGUUGCCCGUCUUCACAUUCAUCACAUGGGGAAAGGCUUUUCAAGUCCUCCCUGCUUUUCCCUUUUCUCUAUCAGCCCAAAACCCUUUCUUUUUCUCUUUCUUCUCUUCUGCCUCUACCACCAUCUCCCCAGCCAAACGCUGUUCUCCAUUGCUCUCUGUCCGCAGCAGCUUUUUCUCACUUUGCGGAAAUGAAAUGGGACAGCAAACGAAACUUCCUCACUGUGAGAGCUGUUCAGCAGUGGAACUCUCUGCUCCAAAGUGUGGUAGAGGCUCCUUUUUUGGAGGCUUUUAAGCAGAGGCUGGAUGGCCAUCUGUUGGGGGUGCUUUGAAUGUGAUUUUCCUGCUUCUUGGCAGAAUGGGGUUGGACUGGAUGGCCCACGAGGUCUUUUCCAAUUCUCAGAUUCUAUGAUUCUAUUAUUCUAAGUAAUUCAAUGUCAUGUGAUGGGCUCUGUGCCUCUCCAUCACUGAAAUGAGCCUGAAGUGUCCUUGGACGGGGAAAUGAGUCAAUGUGGUGAAGUCCUUGGACUCCAUCUUCACAAAACAAUGCACCUUGAUUUUAAUUAUUGUUGGCCAAGGCAUCUGCCAAAAAAUCCAAAGCACCAUAAUUUUACAUUUUUAAGAUCUCUUUCCCCAUAUGGCAUUAUAAUUCCAAGAAUUUGGGGUGACUUCCAGCUGGACUGAUUACUCUUCAGUCUCAGAUUUCUCAGAAGGUUUUUGUUCUGACUCAGCCUUUGUGUGCCUCUGAUGAGGAUUCUGGGAUGCAGUUUCAAGAUGAUGGGAUUCAGGUUCUGGAUGAGUUUCAAGAUGACUCUGAUGGGAAUUAUGGGGUUCAGGUGCAGAGUGUUCCUGCUGUGGGAGAUGAGGAGCAGGGAGGCUUUCCCAUGGGAAGAAAUGAUGUUGUUCAUGAUGAUGGUUUUCAGGUGCAAGAAGCAGAAAGGGAGAGCGGUUCCCAGCCUCAGUUUGAUAACACUAACGAGCCCUGUGGCCUUGAAAGUGAAAGCAAUGAGACCGCUUCUCUAGAUCGGGCUAAUUGUCUGGAAUUUCAGGGGUUGCACAGAAGUCUCAGAAUAGCAAAUAAGAGGGAGGUCAACGGGCGAAGAAAUGCCUUCAUGUCAUGCUAUUAAAACAGUCUGCUGAGCGGGAAACCUUUGUCAAAGCAAUUUCCUCGCUUGAAUCAAGAACCAAGUCUGCUUUCCUGUAUUAUCUUGUAGCCUGGAUGUAUUCUCAUUUCUGGCUUCGUUUUAAGGACCUUGUUUCAUGCCUAAUGUUUCCAUGGAUUUAUUCUACAACCUUGUUUUUGUAACUAUCUUUUACCUUUUAUGAACAAUCUUUUCCCUAUUUACUAAUAAACCACAAAAGAAUAC